ACUGUGAGCAAGGGGUGCUUCAACCUUUCUGUAAGCACGUCUGCCUUCAACCUGGCCCCCAGCGAGGAAGACGCCAGGCUCUAUGCAGAAGCCUCUCUCCUGGAGACGGGCACAGGGGUGCAGAUCAACGCCUCCAGCCAGAUCCUCAUCUCCAGGACAGCUGCAAGGGCAAUGUUUGAGACACCAAAUGUGUACUACAUCCCUGGAGUGCCUUACAGGGGGAAGAUUAAGCUUCAGGAUCGCUAUGGCAACGGUAUGAAAAACAGGAAAGUUUACCUCGUGAUAAAGUUCAUGAGACGUCGGUUGAUCAAAACAUACAUCACAGAUGGCAGUGGAAUAGCUUCAUUCAACUUGGACACAACUCCCUGGAACAGCUCAUCGGUCUCUUUGGAGGGAAGGUUCACACUGGAGGAUUUCACGCACACACCUCGAAAAACUGACUUCAGUUAUACAAACGCUUACCAUCACCUGCAACCCUUCCAUGUCACAACCAAGAGCUUCCUGGACAUACACCCGCUCACGGAAACACUGCCCUGUGGGCUGAAGCGGAACGUCCAGGUGACCUUCACGCUCAGUCGGGAUGACCUGGGAGAAGACACCAGCCGUAUAGGUUUUGCAUAUUAUGUCACCGGGAAGGCUGGAAUUGUUUUCAAGGGCCAGAGGAGUGUCCGGGUCGGGAAGCUGAACAUGUUGAAGGGCUCCUUCUCCAUCCCUGUGACCUUCACGGCUGACUUGACCCCGUCGCCUUCCUUGGUGGUGUAUGCCAUCUUCCCCAACGGAGGUGUAACAGCGGACAGCGUCCGUUUUGAUGUUGCCUUGUGCUUUGAAAACCAGGUCGAGGUGGGAUUCCCAGCUAAAGAAGCCCCCUCGGGGUCAGCGGUGCAGCUCCGUCUGCAGGCAGCCCCUGGCUCCCUGUGUGCCGUACAGGCAGUGGAUGAAAACGUGUUCUCCAUGAGGCCGGAGAGCGAGCUGACGAGCCAAACGGUCUAUGGUUUGUUCCCUGAUGCCUACCGACAUGGGUACCCUGCCCAAGUGGAAGAGCAUUCAGAUCACUGUGUCCAACCCCAGCCCACAUCACCUCUGCUGCGAGGGACGCCACAGCAUUCCCUUCAGCCUGACAUCUUCAGCCUCUUCUGGAACAUGGGACUGAAGAUCUUCUCAAACCUGGUAAUCAAGAAGCCAUCUCAGUGCUUUCAUCGGAUGGAGAGGAAGCCGGCCACUGGGUGGCCUUCUACAGAAGACCAAAGAAUUAGGAAGGAUCAACCCCAAUUUACAACCCGUGAAAGACUUCAUCACCAUUCCCCUGAAACUUGGAUCUGGAAUUUGUUCUCUGUUGGCUCCAACGGCAGCAGGAGUGUCCUGGUCACAGCACCUGCUGCUGCUGCAGGCUGGAAAGUCAAGACGUUCUGCUUGGCUGGGAGGAGAUUUGGCCUUGCCCCGACCGUGAGCCUCAGAACAGUCCAGCCCUUCUUUGUGGAUGUGACGCUGCCCUAUUCUGUCAUCCGAGGAGAGACCUUUCUACUGAAAGUUACUGUCUUCAGCUACCUGCAGCAGUGCAUACAGAUCUACGUGGCCCUGGCUAGAUCCUCUGACUUCCAAGUGGAGCCGUGUCGGACCUGCAGAGACAGGGAGUGUCUGUGUGCAGAGGAGUCCAAGACCUUCGCAUGGAAUGUGACAGCAGUCCAGCUGGGGAUGCUGAAUGUCACCCUGAGGAUGGAGGUGCUGGACAGCACACCGGGGUGCGGGGGCAGGAAGCCCUUGCCAGCUACCGUGAGGCGGAGGCACACGCUGGUCAAGCACGUGCUGGUCCGGCCAGAAGGUGUCUUAGUGGAGAAGUCUUACGGCUCGCUUGUGUGCCCCAGAGGAGGAAACUUUGCUGAAGAAUCUGUGUCCCUUCGCCUCCCUGACAAUGUAGUAAAGGGAUCUGCCAGGGCUUCCAUUUCCAUCUCAGGUGACCUGAUGGGGACGGUGCUGCAGAACAUGGACCGCCUGGUGCCGCUGCCCCACGGCUGCGGGGAGCAGAACAUGGUGCUGUUUGCCCCCGUUGUCUACGUGCUGCAGUACCUGGAGAAGACGCGGCAGCUGAGCCCUGAGAUCAAGGAGAGGGCAGCAGGGUUCCUGCGCAACGGGUACCAGACGCAGCUUCUGUAUAGGCACAGAGAUGGUUCCUACAGUGUCUUUGGGCAAGAGGAUGGGGAAGGGAACGCUUGGCUGACAGCUUUUGUGGUCAAGAGUUUCAGCCAAGCCAGAAAAUACAUCUAUAUAGAUGACAGGAAUGUCCAGGAUGCCCUACGCUGGCUGGAACAAAACCAGCUCCCCAGCGGCUGCUUUGCCACCAAAGGGAGCCUCUUUCACUCCUCCCUGAAGAACAGCGUGGAUGAUGAGAUCUCCCUGGGAGCCUACGUUGCGGCAGCGCUGCUGGAGAUGGGUCAGCCAGCAAACAACCGGCUGCAGAGCCCCCUGCCCUGCCUGCAGCCGGCGGUUCCCAACAUCACGGACACCUACGCGGAAGCUGUGCUGGCUUACGCCUUCGCCCUGGCUGGUGACUACGAGACGACCCAGGAGCUGCUGUACAAGCUGGAGCAACAAGCCAUCAGAUCAGCCGGCGACAUGGCGACGGCAGCUGGCAUCGUGGCCUGGCUGACCCGGCAGCAGAACGCCUACGGGGGCUUUGCCUCCACCCAGGACACGGCUGUUGCCCUGCAAGCCCUGGCGAAGUACGCGGCGAGGACGUUCAGCGCGUCGGGCCAGGCGCUGGUGCGG